CGUUACGAGUGUCUACUCUCACAAGACGCAAUUUGUAUAGAAAAGAGUGACUGAGAAAGCCCUACUGAAAUCGAGAGCAAAAUCCAAUAUAAACCAUUUCUCAGAUCAAACGGAGCUGGAAGUUUGAUAAGAAAAUGGCAAUUUCAGGAGAUCUUAGGGUUUCAGCAGCUCUGAGUUCAUACAGAUUCAAUCCACUUCGCACGACGUCGCAUUUCCCCCCUUCUAAGGUUGAUUGUAAUGUCUUCGUCAAUGGUGCAUCUAGUGUUAUCGAGUCAAUGCCACGUUCUUCACGUGCUGUUCUUGAUGUCCACAACAAUCGUUGUCACUCUAGACGGCCUCUUCAAGUUCUUGGAGACUAUAAGCUUUCACAAAAUCCUUUCGGCCAGGAGGUUGAAGAAUUCCUCCUCAACGCGAUCAACUUGAACUUCUUCGAACGUCUAAACUUGGCUUGGAAGAUCAUAUUUCCAUCACCCAUGUCCCAAAGGAAGUCCAAUGCAAACAUUGCCAAGCAGCGCCUGAAGAUGAUUCUUUUCUCAGAUCGUUGUGCAGUCAGCGAAGAGGCGAAGCAGAAGAUAGUAAGCAACGUUGUCAGUGCACUGUCCGAUUUUGUUGAGAUUGAAUCGCAGGACAAAGUUCAGUUGAGCGUCUCGACAGACCCAGAUCUCGGCACCAUCUAUUCCGUCACGGUGCCUGUGCGGCGAGUGAGAACAGAGUAUCAAAUUGACGACGAAUCCGGAUCCAUUACGAAUGUGGAAUACAAAGACACCGGAGAGAGCUCAGGCUCUGUUGACGUCAAGUUUGAUUUCUACAUUCCCAGCGAGGAUUUUAGCGUGUGAAAAAUUGUUUCUUGAGACACGGUGAGAUUAUAUGUUGCUGAAAAUUUGUUUCUUUUUUUUCUUCAUCAUCUUCUUAAGCACUAGGGGUACUGCUACUCGUAUAUGGGUUUUGUAACCACUGGAGCAUAAUAUUUUCUGUAUAUAUUUGGAAUUUGCUAAUUGAAUGAAUGCUUCUAAUUUUAUGUUUGCAAA